GAGAGAAAGACGAGCUAUGGCGAAAGCUACACGAACAGGAAUUCUAAUCGCCGCCACACUGCUCCAGGCCGCGGCGGUGCUGUACGGUUUUCCAGCAACCAUGACUCUCGAGAGAGCAUUUCCAACAAACCACCGAGUUCAGCUGAGUCAACUCAGAGCUCGAGACAGUAUCAGGCACGGCCGAAUAUUACAGUCCGCCGACGGAGCCUUCGUCGAUUUCCCCGUCGCCGGAACCUUCAAUCCAUAUCUCGUCGGGCUUUAUUUCACAACACUGAAAUUGGGUUCUCCUCCAAAAGAAUUCUACGUCCAAAUCGACACAGGAAGUGAUGUUUUAUGGGUCACUUGCGAUUCGUGUAACGGUUGCCCAAAAUCAAGUGGACUCAAAAUUGAGUUGAAUUCUUUUGAUCUGGGGAGCUCAACCACAGCUUCAUUGGUUUCUUGUUCAGACCAAAUUUGCAGCCUUGGACUUCAAUCGGAGGACUCUGCUUGUUCUAGUCAGUCUAAUUUUGAUCAAUGCAUUUACUCAUUCCAGUAUGGAGAUGGUAGUGGAACUUCAGGUUACUAUGUUCAAGAUUUGCUCUACAUGGAUACCAUUUCCGCCGAUUAUGACAAUCCAGGGAAUAAUAAUUCUUCAGCCUCCAUUGUUUUUGGGUGUAGCACUUCAGCAACUGGGGACUUGACAAGCAGAAGCAGAGCAGUUGAUGGGAUUUUCGGGUUUGGUCAGCAAGAAAUGUCUGUGAUUUCUCAGUUAUCCUCACAAGGAAUAGCACCAAAUGUUUUUUCUCAUUGCUUUAGAGGAGACAAUACUGGUGGUGGUAUAUUGGUUCUUGGUGAGAUUGUGGAGCCAAACAUAGUUUAUACCCCACUUGUUCCAUCUCAGCCUCACUACAAUCUAAAUCUGCUGAACAUAUCUGUUAAUGGCAAAGUAUUACCCAUUAAUUCAGCAGAGUUUACAACAUCAACCAAUACAGGAACCAUAAUUGACUCUGGAACAACUUUGGCUUACCUUGCACAAAAUGCUUAUGACCCUUUUGUCAAUGCUAUCACUAAUGCUGUUUCACAACAAGUAACUCCUGUUACAUCUCAAGGAAAUCAAUGUUACAUUGUCACUUCCAGUAUCACUGUUAGUAUAUUCCCUCAAGUAAUUUUCAACUUUGCUGGAAAUGCAUCUAUGGUUUUAGGACCUAAAGAUUACCUUCUAGAGCAAAAUUCAAUUAAUGGAGGUGAACUAUGGUGCAUUGGAUUUCAAAAGAAUCAAGGUCAAGAUACAACAAUACUAGGAGACCUUGUUCUGAAAGAUAGAAUUGUGGUCUAUGAUUUGGCUGGUCAAAGAAUUGGAUGGGCUGACUAUGACUGUUCAAUGUCAGUAAAUGUUUCAGCUAACACUAGCACUGGAACACAGUUUGCUAAUAUGGGACCUCGAACCAUAAGUAGUUCAUUUCAGAAGAAGCCUCUUAUGGUGAUGAUGAUACCAAUCAGCAUGGUUACUUUACUUGUGUACAUGUCAACUAUAAACAUUUUCUUCUAAUAUUUUCAUUUUGGCAGAGUUUAGUGAUUGGUAUUAUAUAUACAUGGUAAAAUCUCUGUCACUUCCAGUAUAAAUUAUUUAAAUUCUUUGGCUUGGUGCCACGUCAGCCAAAUCUAAGAAUGUAUGCCUUUUUUCAUACAAGAUGAGAUUUUCUUGUCAUUUUUUUUUUGGCUUUUGUAUCACAUAUGAUUUUGUUUACAGAGAAAAUAUCAAGAAUGAAUUCAGGCCGUUUUAGGUAUUUGGGGUCAAACACCAGAA